CAAAUGCUGCCUUUCAAUUUUUUCUUUGCUUUAAAUACCUAGAAUCAUGAACAUUCUUCAUAAGGAACCCAUAUCCAAGGUUAGAGUCAAAUAUUAGGAAGGGUGGACUUUACUUGUGGGCUGUAGGCCGUUUAGAAUACCCCCUGCGUCCUCCCUAAAAGAAAUCCAAAGAUAACAAUUGUGAGGUAGUAGAAACCUGAGCAAAGUACUUGGGCGUGUCAAGUGGUGGCAUUCAAGUUUAUGCUUCUUACUUCAGACUACGAAAGGGUUGUGAACUGGAGCUGUUUGUUCUGUUAAGAAUACUUAUUAAGGGAAGAUCGCUGCCUUCCAUUUUAGUGAGCAGCUUCUUCCUUUAUAAAUAGGAUUUUGAUCUUACACUUUUCCUUUUUUCUCUCUCUCCCUGCAGGUUGUGUAAGGUUUUCCUCUACCUCGCUGAGGACUUUGAAGUCAUCCCCCCGAACCUUCCCUGGCAGUGCCUGAACAGCCUGGAUAUGAUGCCAAAAGAUCUCCAAAGUAUUUUAUAGUUUGACCCAAUGAUUCUUCUGGAUAUAUAUUUCUCUCUUCAAGAAUAAGUGCAAAGACCAAAUCCUACUUACUACCAGAUAUUUUUAUUGCAAGAUCAUGGACCAUAUUACUAGGGAGAAAGAUGAAAGGCGAACAGGAAAAGGAAAUCCAGGAAGAAGUACACAUAGUUCUCGAGCAUCAAGUUCCACUUCGGCUGCUGGGGUUCUUAUGGUUGGGCCCAAUUUCAGAGUUGGCAAGAAGAUCGGCUGUGGAAAUUUCGGAGAGCUCAGGCUAGGCAAAAAUCUGUACACAAAUGAAUAUGUAGCAAUCAAACUGGAACCAUUAAAAUCUCGUGCCCCACAACUGCACUUAGAGUAUAGAUUUUAUAAACACCUCGGCUGCACAGUUGAAGGCUUCCCACAGGUAUUUUAUUAUGGUCCAUGUGGAAAAUACAAUGCCAUGGUACUAGAACUUCUUGGUCCAAGUUUGGAGGACUUGUUUGACCUCUGUGAUAGAACAUUCACCCUGAAGACUGUCUUAAUGAUAGCAAUUCAGCUGAUCACCCGAAUGGAAUUUGUACACUCAAAGAAUCUCAUUUAUCGAGAUGUCAAGCCAGAGAAUUUUCUCAUUGGCCGGCAAGGAAAUAAGAAAGAACACGUCAUCCACAUAAUAGACUUUGGGUUGGCCAAGGAGUACAUCGAUCCUGAAACACAGAAGCAUAUACCUUACAGAGAACACAAGAGCCUAACUGGAACAGCAAGAUAUAUGUCCAUUAACACACAUCUUGGCAAAGAACAGAGUCGGCGAGAUGACUUGGAAGCUCUCGGACAUAUGUUCAUGUAUUUCCUUCGAGGCAGUUUACCAUGGCAAGGCCUUAAGGCUGAUACACUGAAAGAGCGAUAUCAGAAGAUUGGAGACACAAAGAGGAAUACUCCAAUCGAUGUUCUCUGUGAGAACUUCCCAGAGGAGAUGGCCGCUUAUCUUCGUUAUGUCAGACGAUUAGACUUCUUUGAGAGACCAGACUAUGAUUACCUACGAACAAUCUUCACAGAAUUAUUUGAAAAGAGAGGAUUCACCUUUGAUUAUGCCUAUGACUGGGUUGGCAGACCAAUUCCCACUCCGGUGGGACCCAUGCAUGUAGAAUCGGGACCAUCAGUAACAAGAGAUCCCCAUAUACAUCGGGAUCGAUCCUCAGUACAGCCUUAUCGAAAUCAGACUGCGUCAGAGCGCAGAGGAGACUGGGACAUACCAGCAGUCCGGCAGGCCAAUACUUUGUUUCUGACAUCUCACUUGGCUUCUGAACGGCAUGGGGGAUCUGUCCAGGUGGUAAGCUCAACCAAUGGUGAGUUGAACAUUGAAGAGCCAACAGGAGCACCCUCCAAUGUGCAACUUGCAGCCCGUACUGAGGUGGAAGUAGUAGAGGAAGCUAAGUGCUGCUGCUUCUAUAAGAGGAAAAGGAAGAAGUCUUCCCAACGCCAGAAAUAACAGGGGCUGGUGUGAACCGUAGGGCCAAGGUAAAGGCGAAGAGAGGAGAGUGCUGCUGAAAGAGCCCAGCUUCUCCUACAUCCAAACGCUGAGUUCCAGCUGUCCCGGCACCCAAAGUGUGAUCCUUCUUAGUUGCACUUGGACAGAGUCUGUGGCGGAAAGCCAACAGUUGGAGAAUUGCAAUCUACUCUUCCAGUUGCCUUGAUUUAUGGCUUCGGUGAUGUCUCCUUUCUCAGAGCGGUUAGAGAAAACUGUCCGUUCUAAAUGAGCAUAAGUUGUUGCACUUUUAAUUUUUUAUUUUAACAUGACGGAUGCAUAUGCUGUUUAUGUGUGUUCUCUCCUCGUGGCUGUGAAUGAUGCCAGCACACGUGCUCAGCUUCUGGAGUGCAGAGCCUCCUCUUAAUAUAGGCUGCCCGCCCCUCUUAGCUCCCCAGGACUGCUGCCAGGCCCACCGUUGUUUGUGCCCUGAAGCUUACUUGAAUUUUCCAGCUUACGUUGAACACCCCGGUUGCGGUUUUUCUCCAUGGUGCCUAACUUGACCGGCUUGGGACUGAAAAUCUUUUCUGCUGGCAGGAGGGAGCAAAGUCAGCCGGACUGAACUUUGGACGAGUGACAGAGAGGCAGAUGCAGACUGCCGUAAGCGACCAUGGAACGAAUGAGGCACUUUGGCCUUUUCAGCGGAGCAAAGCUCUGCCAGAGAGAGGACACUGCCGCUGCCUUACACUUCAUCUCUGGUUUGGAUUUUGCCAAGGUUUUUCAGUCAUCUCUACAGAAUAGAAGAGGGGGUGAGAUCCAGCAGAGUCAUCUGCAUAGUGCCUGCAGAUCUGUCAGUUGUGUAGCCCGGGCUUUGUAUUAAUACAUGUACGUGGGUACGGAUUGAGAUAAAUAUCAGAAAUGUAAGGUCUUUCUCCAAGGAGACAGUUUGAGAGUGGAAUGAAAGGGAUCCUUCUUCAAAACACCUGGAUUCACCUCCUAAAAUCUGUCUGUCUAAAUGGCAACACAGCCCCUUUGAUCAGUGACUAAUUUUUGGGCACCCCUGGGAAGGAAGCUACCUUCAGGAUUGUAGGGGGAGAAAUAAGCAAGAGCCCCUUGUUUGCAAAUGAAAGAACCUGUUUGUAGGGAAAAAGCCACUGGGUCCUCUAGUGACUCUGUGGGUUCCUGCUCAUCUCAAAUACUCUUUUCAUGUCUGAUGCGUGUCUUAGUUUUAAAAUCUCAUUUGGGGAGGGAACCCCACUCUCUUUGCAGAGCUGUAGAUUGCUGUUCAUUUCCCAAUUAGUGUGCCAGAACCUAGAUUUUCAGUGACUAGUGCAUUCAUUCUUUGGGUUCUACCUUUUUCCCAAAAUUGGGGUACCACACACAGCUCCUCAUCCUCAUCUUUCAUCACUGAUAAGAGGUGGGAGUUUCCCCCUUAGCAGUCCAUUCUUAAUGAUUAACUUACUCUCCACUGAAUACCAAUUAAAAUGAGUCUUGUAUCCCACCCUUACCAUGGGAAUCAUGCUUGAUUUCUGGAGGAGAUAAAAAUUUAAGAAUUCAAAAAGGAAAAUUGCAGCUCUUUAAUUCUAGCAGAAGCAGCAUUUACAUUUCUCUUAUCCUAUCCAUUUGAAAACCUUGCAUCUUGAAAGUGAAAUGUCUUUACACAAAGCAAGACAGUUUAGGGCUUUUUUCCCCCUGCCAAGGUACAACUUGAAGCUUGCAAAAAGGGAGAGCUAUAUGUUAAAGUAAGGAUAACUUUGCUUCUAAAUCCUCAGUAAAUCUCUAGAAUGAAAUAGGAACUAGAGAAACUAACUUGGUCUAGACCACUUUUAGGAUCUCCUUUUGUUGUACGCUAAUAUUUCAUUUUGCAGAGAGCACUGGUCUGGUUCAUGAAAACAGCCUCAAAGUUUUCCAUUACUUCUUUGGAAAUUGUAAUAUCAACACUUGGGUCUGUAGCCUCCCGUUUCCAGUGAGGCAAAACAUGUCAGCUUCCAGCCUCAGAUAAUGUGCUUCUGAACUGUGUUGAAAAACUUACCUAUCUUUCCCAGAAAUUAAGAGCCAAAUCUAUUGUAAGGAUUGCUUUGCUUCAGGAAUUCUUGAAUUCCUUACUAGUUUCACAUAGUUUUUCUGUAAGGUCAACAUAUCAACAGUUAUUUAAUAUCUGUUUAGAAAAUAGAAAUAACUAUAUCCAGUUAUCUAGGAAGAGGGCUUUCCAUAUAUGCAUGUUCAUCAGCUGUUUGGUUUUUUGUCAUGUAAAAAAGGCUAAUUCUCUGUUUGGACCAGGAAUCCCAUUCACAGACAUCUCCAUAUUCUUGAACUUAGUAAAUGAUCUGUCUCAUUGGUGUGAUCAUUCCUUUCUUUUUUAUAGAGAAACUCGAGUUGCUAAUCUAAAAGAAGCUCUGCAUUAAUGUUCAAGAAAUGUACAUAUAUCGCACUGAGAAUUACCAGCAUCAGCAUUAGAAAAUUCUUAAGUCUAUCAUUGCUUUGAGAAUUUUGCUCUCUUUCAGUCGUUACCCUUUUACAAUACUCAAACAUCCCCUGAAUUAGCUAUGGUUGUUCCAGAGACAUUUGCCUUUCAAAAGGGCCUGUCCAGUGUUCCUAAAUCCAAAAUCUGAGAUCUGUGCUUCCAUUUCCGUCAUGUACCACAACUUCUAGAAGGGGAUGAGCAGACUGUUACUGCUGCUUCUUGAAUAAUAGCACUCCGUAGGUGUGUCUUUCCUAAGGUUUGGUGAGUGGUGACUUCUUCCAAAAGGUAAAUGGAAGAUACCAGGGUGAGCCCCUGGCGUGUAAUUUGGGUGUAGUGUUGGAGUGAUAAACGUGAACUGCCAAAUUUGUACUUUCCUAUAAGUGCAAAGCCAUAAACUUUGCUUUCUCAAGAUAUUACAAAAGGUUCAAGAGGAACAGAUCACGCCUUUUCUGUACUCCUUAUUGGGCCUUGAAAGGAUGUACCAGCCUUUUCUUGGAAGGCUGUGUUCCAUGAGUUUUGAGCCUCAAUAACUGAGGAGUGAGAGGUUCGUUUCUUUCUGUAAGCCUUGAUGUUGGCAUGACGGCUAGCAAUGAAAGGACAUACAGUUGUGGAUGUACUUUGCCUCAGCAGUUCUCUAAGCCAGUGUUUCUCAACCUUGGCCACUUUAAGAUGGAUGGACUUCAA